AUGGAAAAUAUCAAUCUCCAGCACAAGUCUCGCGUGAACUUCCCCGCCGUGACCGUGUGCAACCAGAACCGCAUUAGUUGUUGGAAGCUUCAGGAACGGAUGCUCAAGCAGCUGUCUGUCUCAGUCGAGGGCGAGGAUAGCACGAGGCUCGUGGAACUGUACAACUUUACCCGCUGCGGCGUCGACGGCAUCGGCUGUUCAAAAGUCCAUGAAAUUUAUCACCGGUUCUUCAGUAGGGAAAAAGGGAGCAUCCCCGAAAACCUUGCGAACAAGGACGUGUGCCUGCAUUGCUCCACCAUCCUUGCAGAAUAUAUAAAUAUGUGUUACGUCGAAAAUCUGCAAAAACCAACACAAGCCCUGACAUAUAUCUGGCGGGAAAGGGAUUGCUAUAGUCAGAUGAAGAACCAAAACUUGGAAUUCGGGGACCAAAUCAUUCAAGAAUCACUCGAUAACUGCUUUGGUGUUCCCUUCAAGACCAACAACUCGGCCACUCCAUCUACAGCAGAGACGAGCUCGAAGGUGGACCCGCUUGCAGUUGACUCCCAGACGUCGACUAACUUAGAUGCGCCAGGACUCCGAGUCAAGCGACAGAAUAGCCGGAUCGCAACGAAAUUGAUAAAGACGAUCAGUCGCGACGAGAUGAGUCCCUCGGAGGACCACGAUCUGAAGAUGAACUUUCUCGUCGAGUACAUGGACCUGAACCAUCAACUGAAGAAGGACAUUGGCUACGACUUUCGCGAGCUGAUAAAGGACUGUACAUUUAUGGGCUUGAAGUGUAUGGACGAAAGCCAUUUCGUGUACUCCCAUUCGCCAUCAUACGGAAAUUGCUACAUUUUCAACGAAAGGGGCAACUACACCACUAGUCUUACCGGCCCCACAUUCAGCCUCUCCCUGGUCAUUGACGCGAAGGAGAACACCUACCUGCCGAAGAUGCUGACGGAGAAGGUGGGGGCGCGCGUGGCCGUCCACAAGCCCAAGACUCAGCCUCUGAUGAGUGAGGAAGCCAUGGAUGUCCCGCCGGGGAUGUCCUCGAGCAUCGCCUUGAAAGAGACAACUCUAAAACGUCUCGCAUACCCUUUCGACGCGAACUGCACCUCCGGCUGGAACAACACCGAGUACAGAUACAACAAAGAUACCGUUUAUACCCUUACGAGGAUCAUGUCGAUAAUGAUGGGGCGUAUGAGGAACUGGACGUCGGCCGGGGUCCCCCUGCUGCGUUCGGCCCCCGGGGACCCCAAAAAGGGGCAAAAGAAUCAGCUGAUCAAACAUUAUUGGUACCACCUGAAAUAUAGUUCAGAUACUUCAACAGAUCUGAGAGAGUUCAGGAUGGACAAUACCAGACAAAUUGCCUGCUGCAUUAUGCCCGCCAGACACGCCCAAAAGUUGACCCCAUGCAGUGUUCUGGCUACUUAA